AUGCGGCGUGUCCUUUUUUCAGCUGCUAUUUCUUUUGUCCCAAAGGCACCACUUUUCCACCGCUGUGUUCCCUCGGUGGCAACAGCGGUAUCCAUGGGUCCCCUUGUGGCAAUGGAGCAGCGACGCCUCGCAUCACACGCUGCGCUUUCCAGUGCUCUCCGUCACGAGCUGGAAGAGGAACAGCAGCGCUCCGAAAAGCCUGCAAAGCCCGAACUUCCAGCAGGCUGGACGUUGGAGCGAAAGCCCGGCCAGAUGCUCUUUACAAUGCGUAAAAAGCAUGAGGACGAGGAGAUUGUCAUCCGUUGCCUUGGUGAGGAAUCGGGCGAUGAUGAUGUCGUUUCACUCGAUUUCGAUGCAUAUAUUACGUGCAAUAACAAGGCGUUGGUGUGCCGAAUGAGUUUUGAGAGUGAGGAGGUCAUCAUGGGGCAGGUCUCCUUCCUGGAUGACGCAAAGCUGGCAUUAGAUGACUCGGUGGAGGGGAACCAGAAGCGCCAGUGGCUGUACAAGGGCCCCAAAUUGGACGAACUGGACGAACGCCUCGUUGACUCCCUGACGAGUUACCUCAAGGACCGGGGUGUGAACGAGGAUUUGUGCAGGUUCAUGGAGGAGUACUUCUUCUGGGCGGAGCAGGCAGAGUACGAGGAGUGGCUCAGUGCAAUCAACCGCUUUGUGUCGUAA